AUGCUAGCCGUCUGGUGCACCGCCAUCGUCUGUGCUUUGCUGGCCCUGUCACAAAGCCAGCACCUCCUCCCGACAGAUGCCAUCAUCCGGGUCAAUAAGGGUGUCUUGCAUAAUGCUGUCGCCAACUCGAUGGCGCAAACCAACGCCCUCCAAGGCGCAAUGAGAGAACUGCCAAUUGGUAACGGAGGAGGAGGAGGUGGCGGUGAUGGUGGUCUACUAGGAGGCCUCCUCGGUGGUGGCGGUGCCGGAGGUCUCCUGGGAGGUCUUACUGGGGGCUUACUUGGGGGAGGGCAGGCUGUCUACAAUGCUGCUGUCGGUCCUGGUGGUCCUGGUGGUCCUGGUGGUCCUGGUGGUCCUGGUGGUCCUGGAGGUCCUGGAGGUCCUGGUGCUGGAGGCCUGCUAGGUCCGGGAGGCCUGCUGGGUGACGGAGGUCUGCUUGGCACUGCAGGGAUUCUUGGUGGUGGUGGUGGCCUCCUCGGCAAUGGAGGCCUGCUGGGCAAUGGAGGCCUGCUUGGCGGAGGCGGCAUCCUUGGCAUCCUCGGAGAAGGUGGUCUGCUCAGCACAGUCCAGGGGCUCACAGGGUUAAGAAUUGUGGAGCUGACCCUUCCCAGGAUCAGCCUGAGGCUCUUGCCUGGAAUUGGAGUCCAUCUGAAUUUAUAUACAAGGGUAGCACUUGAUGGGAAGAGCCUCCUUGGUUUACUUGACGUCGCGGUGGAGGUGAACAUCACGGCAAUUGUCCGGCUGACGAUGGAUGGCACAAGCUACCCUAAGCUGGUGAUCGAUCAGUGUGACACCCUUCUCGGAGGCAUUAAAAUCAGACUCCUUAGAGGCCUGCUCCCAAUUGUGGAUAGUUUAUUAGCACGUGUCCUUAACAAGCUCCUUCCAGAUCUGCUGUGUCCUGUCCUGGAUAUUACCCUGGGUCUGGUCAAUGAACAACUGGGACUUGUGAACACUCUGGUCCCUCUGGGUGUACUGGGAAGUGUCCAGUACACAGUCUCCAGCCUUCCAAUAGUCACGGGACAUUUUCUGGAAGUUGAUUUAAAUACUAUAGUUGGGAUGGUGGCCGGCCCCCUCCUUGCCUACCCUCUGGGCAAGCCAGAAGAUCAUCCCUUGCCACCAAGGGUGCCCAUGCCCACAAUGCCUCCGAUGCCUGAUACAACCAGCUCUCAGCUGGGACUCUCGGUGAACUUCCUCAGCUCUGUCGUGGCAGUCCUGCAAAAAGAAGGGUCUCUGGACAUUGACAUCUCAGACGGGAUGUUCUCUGAACUUCCUCCUUUGACGACAUCAACUCUUGGGGCUUUAAUUCCUGAGGUGUUCCGGAUGUUCCCAGAGCCGCGGCCUCUCCUCCUGAGGGUGUCGGUUCCUGAAGUUCCAAAGGUGAAGCUACAGAAAGACAAGGGCCUGAUUCAACUUAAAGCUAGCGCGGAAAUAUUGGCAACCAAGCAAAAUGAUGCUCAUCAAUCUCUCUGUUUCCUAAACAUUGAAGCUUCUUUACUGGCCCAGUUUUCUGUUGCAGACAACAAACUGAAAAUUAGUGUUAGUCUUGAUAAGACCCAUGUCUCAGUGGCUUCUUCAUCCAUUGGGAAAUUUGAUGUCUCACUCAUGGAAGUACUGGUCAGCAAGAUUUUUGACAUCGCAUUCCUUCCAGCAAUGAACAGUGUGUUAGGUGGAGGGGUCCCUCUCCCCAAGCUGCUGAAUAUAGACUUCAAUAAUGCUGAUGUUGAUGUCAUUGAAGAUCUCCUUGUGUUGUCUGCGUGAGUCAAUGAGGAGAGGACAAGGUGCACAGUGGAGCGCAAAGCUAGUCAGGGAGGAGACUAGCUGUUUCCAGGCAGGUUUCUCCACAGUGAAUGCGUUUGAAUCAGGCCUCUCAGUGUCCAGGAAAACACAAACCUGAUUUCAAGCCCAGGUGGAUUCAAACAAGAGUUUAUUAGACCAUGGCAUUGUCUGUGUUCCGUAAGCUUCCCUUCAGCUUUCAAGAAGAUGCACACACAAAUGUGGACACACAAACACACGCAUACAAAUAUUACAUUUCUU